AUGUCGCAUAGCAAAAGGAACACCUCCCGGCCCGUCUUCACCGCGCAUGAGCGGGCGAUGGCCAAGUCGGCCUGGAGCUCCUCAUCCGCCCGUUUGAACAGGGACUCGUUCCUCCCGUUCGGCUCUUGUUCGUUGUGCCUCGAGUCCGCUGUCGACCCCGUGGCCUGUUCCUACGGCGACAUAUUCUGCCGCGAGUGCGCGCUGAACAACAUUCUCGCGCAAAAGAAGGAAAUAAAGAGGCUCGAGAAGGCCCGGGAACAAGAGGACAGAGUCGCCGCGGAUUCAAAGGCACGGCAGGACGAGGAGGCGCAAGCAAGAGCUGUCAAGGAGUUCGAACUGACCCAGGCCGGUUUCGACGUCGCUGGAAGCAGGGCCGAAAGUAGCUCAGAUGUCAGCUCGUCGAGAGAGGCGAAGAGCGGAGACAAACGGAAGUUCUCGCUGGAUGAGGACGAGGUGCUGCGCAACGCCGAGGAUGACCGAGCGAAGGCACGGAAGAAGAUCGAGGAUGAAAAGAGCGCCAAGCCCUCGCUCCCCUCGUUCUGGGUCCCCUCAGUAACGCCAAUGUCAAACACAAAAGACAAGCUGCACGAAGUCAAGAAGAAGGCCAAGACGACGCCCAUCUGCCCGUCAUCCCAGGAGAACAGUCCCCACCCGUACUCGUUGCACACGCUGGUGACGAUCAACUUCACCGAGGAGGAGUCCAAGGAGACCAAGACCAAGACCAGGAUCUGCCCGUCUUGCAAGAAGGGCCUGACGAAUUCCUCGAAAGCGAUGCUCGCCAAGCCUUGUGGACAUGUGCUCUGCAAGGCGUGCGCCAGCCAGUUUAUGAAGCCGUCAGGCCAUGAUCCGCACGCCGACCCGGCAGAUGCGAAGCACGCAAAUGCGGUGAGGUGUUAUGUCUGCGAUGAGGAUGUCACGGAGAGGCCGGCCAAAAAGGGAGGCGACAAGAAGGAAAAGGACAAGAUCCGACCAGGCGUGGUCGAGCUCAAGAGUGACGGAACAGGAUUCUCGGCCGGUGGCACGAACGAGGUCAAGAGAAGCGGAAAUGCGUUCCAAUGCUAA